GGCGCUCCUCCCGCCAGCCCGGCGCCGCGCCGCCCGGUCCUCCCGGCCGGGCCGGAGCGCCGAGGACAUGGCUGGCUUUCGGAGCCUGCUAGUUCUCCUCCUCGUGUUGCCCAGCGGCUGUGUGGGCUUCCGAAGCCCACUUUCUGUAUUUAAGAGGUUUAAGGAAACUACCAGAUCAUUUUCCAAUGAAUGUCUUGGUACCACCAGACCAGUAAUUCCUAUUGAUUCAUCAGAUUUUGCAUUGGAUAUUCGCAUGCCUGGGGUCACACCCAAACAGUCUGAUACGUACUUCUGCAUGUCAGUGCGUUUGCCAAUGGAUGAGGAAGCCUUCGUGAUUGACUUCAAACCCCGUGCCAGCAUGGAUACUGUCCAUCAUAUGUUACUGUUUGGAUGCAAUAUGCCAGCGUCCACUGGAAAUUACUGGUUUUGUGAUGAAGGCACCUGUACAGAUAAAGCCAAUAUUCUCUAUGCCUGGGCAAGAAAUGCUCCCCCAACGAGACUCCCCAAAGGUGUUGGAUUCAGAGUUGGUGGAGAGACUGGAAGCAAAUACUUCGUCCUCCAAGUACACUAUGGGGAUAUUAGUGCUUUUAGAGAUAAUCACAAGGACUGCUCUGGUGUUUCCUUACACCUCACACGCCUGCCACAGCCUUUAAUUGCUGGCAUGUACCUUAUGAUGUCUGUUGACACUGUUAUACCACCAGGAGGGAAAGUGGUGAAUUCUGAUAUUUCAUGCCAUUAUAAAAAGUAUCCAAUGCAUGUCUUUGCCUACAGAGUUCACACUCACCAUUUAGGCAAGGUAGUAAGUGGAUACAGAGUAAGAAAUGGACAGUGGACCCUGAUUGGACGCCAAAGCCCCCAACUGCCACAGGCCUUCUACCCAGCAGAGCACCCAGUGGAUGUUAGUUUUGGUGACCUGCUUGCAGCAAGAUGCGUGUUCACUGGUGAAGGAAGGACAGAAGUCACGCACAUUGGUGGCACGUCUAGUGAUGAAAUGUGCAACUUAUACAUUAUGUAUUACAUGGAAGCCAAGCAUGCAGUUUCUUUCAUGACCUGUACACAGAAUGUAGCUCCGGAUGUGUUCAGAACCAUACCACCAGAGGCCAAUAUUCCAAUUCCUGUGAAAUCCGAUAUGGUUAUGAUGCAUGGACAUCACAAAGAAACAGAGAACAAAGACAAGACUUCUCUACUACAGCAGCCCAAACGAGAAGAAGAAGUGUUAGAACAGGGUGAUUUCUAUUCACUACUUUCCAAGCUGCUAGGAGAAAGGGAAGAUGUUGUUCAUGUGCAUAAAUAUAAUCCUACAGAAAAGGCAGAAUCAGAGUCUGACCUGGUAGCCGAGAUUGCAAGCGUAGUCCAAAAGAAGGACCUUGGUCGGUCUGAUGCCAGAGAGAGCGCAGAACGUGAGAGGGGCAGUGCUGUUCUUGUCAGAGACAGAAUCCACAAAUUCCACAGGCUAGUGUCUACCUUGAGGCCCGCAGAGAGCAGAGUUCUGUCAUUGCAGCAGCCCCCACCUGGUGAAGGCACCUGGGAACCAGAGCACACAGGAGAUUUCCAUGUAGAAGAGGCACUGGAUUGGCCUGGAGUAUACUUGUUACCAGGCCAGGUUUCUGGGGUGGCUCUGGACCCUCAGAAUAAUCUAGUGAUUUUCCACCGAGGUGACCAUGUCUGGGAUGGAAACUCUUUUGAUAGCAAGUUUGUUUACCAGCAAAGAGGUCUCGGACCAAUUGAAGAAGACACUAUUCUUGUCAUAGAUCCAAAUAAUGCUGCAGUACUCCAGUCCAGUGGAAAAAAUCUGUUUUACUUGCCACAUGGCUUGAGUAUAGACAAAGAUGGAAAUUAUUGGGUCACAGACGUGGCUCUUCAUCAGGUGUUCAAACUAGACCCGCACGGUAAAGAAGGCCCUCUGCUAACCCUGGGAAGGAGCAUGCAACCAGGCAGUGACCAGAAUCACUUCUGUCAGCCCACCGACGUGGCUGUGGAUCCAGACACUGGAACCAUCUACGUGUCAGAUGGCUACUGCAACAGUCGCCUUGUGCAGUUUUCACCAAGCGGGAAAUUCAUCACACAGUGGGGAGAAGCAUCUCCGGAGAGCGGCCCUAAACCAGGCCAGUUCAGGGUUCCUCACAGCUUGGCCCUGGUGCCUCCCCUGGGCCAGCUGUGUGUGGCGGACAGGGAAAAUGGUCGGAUCCAGUGUUUUAAAACUGACACCAAAGAAUUUGUGCGCGAGAUUAAGCACCCGUCGUUUGGAAGAAAUGUGUUUGCAAUUUCAUACAUACCAGGUUUGCUCUUUGCGGUGAAUGGAAAGCCUUACUUUGAGGACCAAGAACCUGUGCGAGGAUUUGUGAUGAAUUUUUCCAGCGGGGAAAUUAUAGAUGUCUUCAAGCCAGUGCGCAAGCACUUCGACAUGCCCCACGACAUCGCUGCAUCCGAGGACGGGACCGUGUACGUCGGAGACGCUCACGCCAACACCGUGUGGAAGUUCACCUCCACCGAAAAAAUGGAACAUCGAUCAGUUAAGAAGGCCGGCAUUGAGGUUCAGGAAGUCAAAGAAUCCGAGGCAGUUGUUGAAACCAAAAUGGACAACAAACCCGCCUCCUCAGAAUUGCAGAAGAUACAAGAGAAACAGAAGCUGGUCAGAGAGCCGGGCUCCGGAGUGCCGGCUGUUCUCAUUACAACCCUGCUGGUUAUUCCUGUGGUGGUCCUGCUGGCCAUUGCCUUAUUUAUUCGCUGGAAAAAAUCAAGGGCCUUUGGAGCAGAUUCUGAACGUAAACUUGAGGCCACUUCGGCAAGAGUUCUGGGAAGACUUAGAGGAAAGGGAGGCGGAGGCCUAAACCUGGGCAACUUCUUCGCCAGCCGGAAGGGCUACAGCCGGAAGGGGUUCGACCGCCUCAGCACGGAGGGAAGCGACCAGGAGAAAGAUGAGGACGCAAGCGAAUCCGAAGAAGAGUACUCGGCCCCACCGCCCGCGCCCGCCCCUUCCUCCUGAGAAACGGGAUUUUGUUUUAGGUCGACGAGAUUUACCAAGGAUGCCAGGUUCCUUUCCCUUGAGCACGUUGAGCGUUCUGCAUAUUUAAUUGUAAACUGUACCCGUCUGUGUGGGACUGUACACCUUUUAUUUACUUCCUUUGGGAUUAGUUGGCUUCUGUUCCUAGUUGAAGAGUUUCCUGAAAGUUCAUUCACCAUGCCAUUGUCUUUAUAUGAACAUAGGAUAGAGAAACGAUCCUCUUCCGUCACACUAGUCGUUUAGGGAUGGAAGGUUUGCUCAUCUGCAUUUUUGAGACUUUUCUGUAGUUUGUAAAUAACUCCAUUCUCUGCUUGAACACAGUAUUCUCCCAAUAGCACUUCCAUUGCCAGUGUCUUUCUUUGGUGCCUUUCCUGUUCAGCAUUCUCAGCCUGUGGCAGUGAAGAGAAACUUUGUGCUACAUGACGACAAAGCUGCUAAAUCUCCUAUUUUUUUAAAAUCACUAACAUUAUAUUGCAACAAGGGAAAGAAAAAAGUCUCUAUUUAAAUUUUUUUUUAUUUCCUUCCUCAGUUGGUGUGUUUUGGGGAUGUCUUAUUUUUAGAUGGUUACACUGUUAGAUCACUAUUUUCAGAAUCUGAAUGUAAUUUGUGUAAUAAAGUGUUUUCAGAGCAUUA